AUGGCGGCCGCGCCACAGGCGAGAGCGCUCCGCGAUCGCUUCCGGGUCAGGCGGGGCGGGCACCGGAAAUGCGUCACCGUCACUAUGGCGCCCGCGGGCGAGGCAGCGGCGCUGGUGCUGGCGGCCGUGCUGUGGGGCAGUACCGGCCCCUUCCUGCGGACGGGCGCGGCGGGGCUGGAGGAGGUGCGGUGCGAGGGCCGCCUGCAGCAGCUGCUGGCCGAGAUCCGCUUCCUGGGCCUCAACUACAAGUACAUGGUGCCUUUUCUGCUCAAUCAAGGUGGAUCUCUCCUCUUCUACCUCACCUUGGCAUCUGCAGACCUGUCCCUGGCUGUGCCACUCUGUAACUCCCUGGCCUUGAUAGUCACUCUGGUGACUGGGAAGAUUCUGGGAGAGGACAUUGGUGGGAAAAGAGCUGUGGCAGGAAUGCUGCUCACUGUCCUGGGAGUCACACUCUGUGUAGCUGCCUCAUGAAGGAGAUGUGGUGAAAAGCAGAGGAAGGAGAACCUGUUCCAAGGUAACCCCUGUGGGUUCUGGCUCAGCAGCACUCCCUUCAGCUCAGUGUCACCUGGAAAACUGUAGUU